GGAAUCAAACGUUUUUGUGCCCUUAGGGUUCCGUCGCUGGUUGCUCCAUCCAGAGAUCGUUCCGAGCUUUGUUGCAGUCCGAUCGGGUCCUGUCACACGACGCCUCGCUUUCUUCGUAUUUCUGUGUUUCCUGAUCAUUCCAUUGAGCUGUACAUCGUCCGUUUUGGCUCAGUGUGAGGCAUGCUUGGCUCAUUCUAGCUGCUGUGCUAGCUCGUCUCUGUUCUGAUGGAUCCUUGGGAGGGAGUCGACACUCUUGUGAGAUAUAUGAACAACUUUUGAUGUUACAUCUGAUCGGGAUGCUUGUUCUUUAGUACUACGCUUUUGCCUCUGCAGUGAGCUGAGUAUUCCGGGGAUCCUCUGGCGCUCGGAAGAGCGGAUGAAGUUGCUGUCUAUUGCGUACUUCUGAAGGAUCGCUCUAUACUGCGAAUUGCGCCAAUUUUUCGUUGGAAGGAGCGUUUCGUCGAACAGUGGUGUGUCGAUACAUGCUCUGGGCAGGUCAAUGUUUUGGGUCCAUAUGUUCCUGCCUCCGUAGUAUUCUUUCAAGUUGAGCAUCACUCUCCUUUACAUCGAAGAACUUGAUGCUGAGGCAGUGUGAGAGAUGGGAAGUUCAUCGGCUAUGGUGAAGGAUGAAGCCGAAGACAGUGGAGUUGAGAAAACAGAGACUGGUCCGUUCAAGGAAGGCGAGAAAGUUUUAGCCUACCACGGCCCUCUUGUUUAUGACACUAAAAUUCAGAAAGCUGAAUUUCAGAAGAAUGAAUGGAAGUACUUUGUGCACUAUUUGGGAUGGAGCAAGAACUGGGACGAGUGGGUUGGAGCGGAUAGGCUGAUGAAGCCUACAGAAGGAAACCUUGAAAAACAGAAAAAACUCUUCAAAAGCCAGACUGGGGAUAAGCAGUCCAAAGGUCGAGUGCCAGCAGGGAAGCAGAAAAGUGCAUCUGAGAGAGACGAACUCAAGAACGAGAACAAACUAUCAGGUACUCGAGGGAAGAAGAGGAAAUCUGAUCCAGUUUCUGAAUCUAAAGUCACUGAUGAGCUUGACCAAGCUCUGAAGAUAUCUCUGCCUGGCACUUUGAAAAAACAGUUGGUAGAAGACUGGGAAUUUAUCACUCAACUAGGGAAGUUGGUAAAGUUACCACGAUCUCCAUCGGCAGAAGAGAUUUUUAAAAAAUAUAUAGAUUGCAAGACCAAGCGGGAUGGUGCUGUAGAUGAUUCUCUAAUUGAAGUUCUGAAUGGCUUGAGAAGUUACUUCGACAAGUCUCUGCCGGCGAUGUUGUUGUACCCUCAGGAACGAGCUCAAUAUGCGAGUGCAGUCCCAGCGGGAAGCGACGUCAGCCCUUGCAGCAUCUAUGGAGCAGAACACCUACUUCGGUUAUUUGUGAAGUUGUCCGAGUUGCUAGUCUAUACAAAUAUGGAACACGAAGCAUUGACCCAGCUACAACAGAAGUUAGCGGAUUUUGUAAAGUUCCUUCAACGGAACCAAAGCAACUUCUUUCUUACCAGUUACGCUUAAGCCGCAGCUGUAAAUAUUAUUAUCUCACAUCAGCAAUUUUUUAAGGCCCUCAUUUUAUUUUUCACCUGAUGACAAUGGUCCACAUUGUUUUGUACAGCUGCUCAAACUCGAAUUAAGAAUGGUGGAUACAAAGUCCAUCUUAUUCCGACUUUUUCGUA